CCUUAGCGGGACGUUACCGGACGUCCCACCGGGACUACAGUAGGACAUGUGGCGGACGUGGACAGCGGAUUAGGGACGUUCUCGAGCGAGAGUUACACGGAGACACGGAGGUCAGAUAACGGGGACGGAUAACGGGGAAAGAUAGUGGGGACACAUAACGGGGACGGAUAACGGGGAAAGAUAGUGGGGACACAUAACGGGGACGGAUAACGGGGAAAGAUAGUGGGAACACAUAACGGGGACGGAUAACGGGGAAAGAUAGUGGGGACACAUAACGGGGACGGAUAACGGGGAAAGAUAGUGGGGACACAUAACGGGGACGGAUAACGGGGAAAGAUAGUGGGGACACAUAACGGGGACGGAUAACGGGGACUGAUAGCUGGGACGUCCUUCGUUUGCUGGGUGGUCGUCAUUGGUUACGACCAAUAUUAGUAAGUUCAUACCGAAACUGAAAGUGAACCCCAAGAUGAAGAGCCUCAUAUUCGUCUGCUGUACAGGCCUGAUAGCUUUCCCGUACGGCUGCAGUUCAGGUCUGCAUUCUCUGUAUGUAUUUUCCACAUUCAUCGUUGGAAAAACACCGUUCCCAGAGUUCAGUUCAGUGGUGAUGCUGGAUGAUGUUCAGCUGUUCUAUUACGACUCAGAUGUAAAGAAGUUAAUCUACAGAGAGUACAAACCAGACCGUGAAGAAACAGUACAGCGCAGUACAUUAAUAUUUGAUCAUCAGUACAGAAGCAUGAAAUACAGGGCCUUGUAUUCUGCAAAACAACUCAACGUUACACGUGGGGUUCAUAUUCAGCAGAGACAGUCCGGUUGUGAGAUGUCUGAUGACUCCCGAGGACCACUGCGGUCAUGGGAUGCUUUUGAAGGCUUUAAUGAAGAAGACCUCUACUUCAACACACAGCUCAGCACUCUGCAGUCUGAAGGAAAAUGGCCAAAUACAUGGGACAGGACUGCUAGAAAUGAUGUUCAAUGGAUGUAUGCAAAUGUUUACACACCUCUCUGCUUUCAACUACUAGAGAAUGUUCUGGAGAUAAAGAGAAGUCAUAUCAUGAGGCAAGUAAAGCCCAGUGUCAGGCUCUUCCAGAAGGCUCCUACACACUCUGGAGGGGCCUUGCUGACCUGCCUGGCCACUGGCUUCUACCCGAGUCACAUCAACCUGACCAUGCUGAGAGACGGCCAUCCCGUGUCUGAGCAGCGCGUGAUUGGAGGGGAGGUGCUGCCUAACGGAGACGGGACCUUCCAGAUGAGGAAGAGGCUGGAGGUCAGUGCAGAGGAGACGCGAGAGAAACACAACUACACCUGCACGGUCAUGCACCUCAGCCUGGACAACAAGAUCGACAUCAGCAUGGAAAUCAGGCCCCCUGUAGACGCGUCCACCAUGACUGUGGUGGUUAUGGUGUUUGGGCUGGUGGUUGUGUGUGUGAUUGUUCCUGUCACUGUUUUCCUCAUAUACCGCAGGAAACACAACGCAUAUUAGGAGCAGAGACAUCUCCCCCGGACACUUCCACUGCUGUGUGCAGAAACGUUCAGAGUGAGACAUCUUCAGAUGCUUCCACUACAAACUAGAGCAAUCGAUUUGUACUAAGAUGGAUAUGGUAUUGUGUUUUUGUUGAUAUGUGUUUAGUUAUAUUAUGAUUUUUUUAAUUAGAUUAUCUAGUGUAAUUAUUUUUUAUUAUAAAGUUAUAAAGUUUAGUUCUUUUCAUAAUUGAUAGAGUUGCAAUUAGUUCUGUUUGGCCAGCAACAAUUAGUACCAAAUGAGUAAGCAGUCAACGUUGAGGCAGAUUGCGGAAGUCAGCAGUGGGGCAGAUUACAGAAGUCAUUGUUGGGGCAGAUUACAGACAGUGUUAGGGCAGAGUUCAGACGUCAGCAUUGGGGUAGAUUACAGAAAUCAGCGUUGGGAAAGAUUACAAAAGUCAGCAUUGGGCUAGAUUACAGACAUCAGCGUUGUGGUAGAUUACAGAAUGAUUCAUGGCAGAACCUCUGGGUCUCAACAAAAAGUUCAGAGUAUGAACCGGGUCACUGUGGUACCGUAGAAAACUUUGGAAUUACAUGAGGAACCUGAAUAUCACACAGUGUGGGCUCAGCCGAGGCACAAGUGGACGGUGACCUGAACACAAGACUCAGUCCAACAAACAAGUAAAGUCACGAUAAGUUUUCUGUAAAAUUAGAGUUGUACCAUAUUUAUCAGUAAUUUGACAUAUUCAAAUAGCUGUCAAUACAUGAGUGUAAUGUCAACUACAGAUUACUGCUGUUAUAUAGAAAGAUCAGCGUUCUUGUGCACAAUUGAAAUUAAGUCAGUAAAGAUGUUUUCAGACACAACCUGAACCACUUGAAUUUUUUUUUUUGUGUGUGUGUGCGUGCGUGCGUGCAUGUGUGGCAGCAUAUUGUGGAUCAUAUUGUGGAUCAUAUUGUGAAUCAUAUGUAGCGUUCUAGUUAAGCUAUCAGUAACAAACUUAAGAGCUCACACAUAUGGGGGUUUAAAAUAUGGAGAAUAGUUCUCUCUGUUUUGAUCACUAGCAAAUCUAUCUGUACAUGCUGGAUUGAGUCAGACCUCUUGGGGCUAAAAGGUUUUCUUUAUUGUACAGAGGAGAGUGUUGGGCAUCAGCUACAUGACUGAUGUAAAAUAAUUAAUUGUCAUGAAUCGUAAAAACCUGUUUUUAUCAAACAUGGAUUUAUCUUAUAUUCCAAGUGUAAAACUUCCCUGUAUAAUUCAAUGUACAUUAAAUGAGCAGAAAGAAGUUU